AUGGCAACAUCAAACGACAUCACCAUGGGCCAGGGUGACCUUCCAGAGACCAGUCAGGAGUCCGAGCCAUUCACUGUUGAGGAGAACAUUCACCAACUCAACGCCAUCGACAAGUCAAUCGCCCAACUCAUGAGUCAAACUGCCACCGCCCUCAAUGCGCUCACGACCCCAGCAUCAAGCGCAUCGCCCUCUAAUGGCGACAACUCAGUCAUAGACGCGACUGCUCAAAAAGAAGCUUUCAAGUCGGCCACUGAUUCGUUUCUUACCACGCUGCAUAGUAUAGACGUUAGAAUGAAACGACAGAUCAUGGCUUUGGAGGAAGCGGGCAUUGUGAAUCUGUCUAACACGCCGCGUCAAGGUCCGAACGGAGCCACCAAAGCAUCUUUACAGCCAAAUGGCGUGGGUACGGUUGGGAAUCUGGACGUCGGCUGGCUGAACAGUAGGAGCACGAGGGUGGAACGAGACAUGGAGGCAGAGUUGUGGCAGGAGGCCAAGGAAUUCUUGCAAAAAGAAGAGAAGGGGACGCAUUCAUAA